AUGGACACCCAAGGGAACGACACUCACACAGCCUCCACCGUAGUCGGGGCGCAAGUGAAGGGAGCUAGUUUGUAUAGGAUCGGAAAGGGCACGGCUAGAGGCAGCGUUCUGUCAGCUCGACUCGCAAUAUACAAGGUGUGCAUCACGGAGGGUGCCGACUACUGCUAUGAAGCCGACAUGUUGGCUGGUUUCGACGAUGCCAUCAAUGACGGAGUGGACUUCAUUUCCCUAUCAAUCGGUGGUCCUCCAGGCGAAUACUUCAAAGAUGUGAUCUUCAUCGGAUCUGACCACGCGAUGGGGCACGAAAUCCUCACAAGCGCCGCUCUUGACAACAAUGGCGGCUACCCUAAUACCGUGCCCAACGUAGCUCCCUGGAUUUUGACUGUCACGGCCACUGACAGGGCUAAGCAGUAUAAGACCACAAUCGGCCCCGAGAACAGAGUCUUAGAAAAAUGA